UAUUCUGGGUUUACUCUAAAUGCACAUUUGAUUCAUUCUCGUCUUUUGCAUGCAAUAAAUAAAUUAUUCUUUUUUUUCCCUCAAUCCUUUAACAUGUUUUUCAAUUUUUUUUUUCUAGUAAUUCCCCUCUUUUUUUAUUUUAGGGAGGAGAGUGCAAUAAUAAAUAGAACACAUAAAACACCCCAUUUCAAUCAUCAAACCAUUCAUUCACAAAAAUUGUGUAGUAUAAUGGACAGAAAGGCGGGUCCAUAUUCAGAUUUUGCUUCCGUUGAUGACGAUCCUUUAACUGACCCUAUAAUGGAUGAGGAAGCAAAAAAGGUUGAAAUUGAGUUAGCAAGACAUAUGCAAAAACAUAAUAUUAAAUCUGAAAAUGAGGAUGGUGAUGAGGGGGAAAAUGCUAGAUUGAGAAAUAAAAGAGAAUCUACCGAUUCAGGAGACUACCAGAAUCUCUCCUUUGGACCUUCCGGGCAUGUGAUAAGUUCUCCAUAUGAGCUUUCUCACUACCCAAUCGAGAUUUUGGAAUGUAAAAAUGCUCUACAAAAGCAAAUUUCAAGCAGACUGUCAGAAGCUUCUUCUGUUCCUUCAAAUAAAACAACAAUUUCUACAAGCCGUUCAUUAAUUCAAGGAAUAAAUAAAGACAGAGCAUCUUCUUCACUUGGACAUCAUCAACAACAACAACAACCUUUAAUCUUUGAAAAUAGCAGCAACAUUUCUGGGAAUGCUACAUUUUCUGCAGGUGGAGGUGGAUUACAAAAUAGACGCUUAUCUUUACAACAACCAUAUAAUAAAGGAAGACUUGAAUCAAUUCGAGAGCAACAAGCAGUUGGAACUUCAGGCGCUGUUAGCCCGGAGGAGAGAAUAAUGCUUAGCCAAUGCAGUAAUAGUAUAGGGUUAUCUCCAACAUCGCCAAGUGGGGGUGGAAGGCUUUCAGCGAUUUCUCCUUCUGCAUUUGCUUUUGCUAUGGGGAGUGAUAAACUUGAUGACAUUGACCGAGAAUUAUGUUUACCACAGCAUGUUGAAAUGCAUUCAUUUCGUGAUGCUAUAGACGUUAAUUAUCAACGAAUGGUUCCUUUGGAAGAUUUGCGUAGUGCAGCUCGUCAAUUAGUUGAAGCUUUACGUUUGCGUAGUGAAUAUAUGGAAUUAGUUGGUGGAGUAUUCCCUAGCACUACAAGAAAUUUUUUGAUUGGAAAAUAUCCUUCUAAUCUUCCCAAAUGUAGACGAAAAAAUACUGAAACUUCUGCCAGUAUGUCAUAUAACCCUCCAGAACCUCCAAAAGAUCAUUGGGGAUUAGACCAACCUUUGCCAAUUUAUGAACAAUUAUUUGACUUGGAAAGGCAUCGAGGCACGGUGGCUGUUAUAGACAAAUCAACAAAAGAAAUUUUUGAACCUUUAAAAAAGUUUUAUAUUACUCGUGAGAAAUAUUUGAAAGACUUUAAUUGGUUAAACCGUAUAUGUAAUGAAGGCCCUCUCAAAACUUUUUGUUAUCGUCGCCUAACAUUUUUGCAAACACAUUUUCAACUUCACGUACUUUUAAAUGAGCAAUUAGAAAGUGCAGAACAGAGAAGUGUUCCACAUAGAGAUUUUUAUAAUAUUCGAAAGGUUGAUACACACAUACACGCUGCCAGCUCAAUGAAUCACAAACAUUUGCUUCGAUUUAUUAAAAAAAGAAUGAGAACAGAUGCGGAUGAAGUUGUUCAGUUAAAGAAUGGAAGGCCUAUUACAAUGAGGGAAGUAUUUGAGAAAAUGGGUGUUAGUCCAUAUGAUCUUUCUGUUGAUAUGUUGGAUGUGCAUGCUGAUAGAAAUACUUUUCAUCGUUUUGAUAAAUUCAAUGCAAAAUACAAUCCAGUUGGUCAAAACGAUCUGAGAGAAAUAUUUAUAAAAACGGACAAUUACGUAAAUGGAAGAUAUUUUGCUCAAGUACUUAAAGAAGUUUUUAUUGAUGUUGAGGAAAAUAAAUACCAAAAUAUGGAGCCUCGUUUAUCAAUUUAUGGACGCGAUAAAGAUGAAUGGGACAAACUUGCUAAUUGGGCAAUUACGCAUGAUGUUUGGUCACAAAAUGUUCGUUGGAUGAUACAAAUUCCUCGUUUAUACGACGUUUAUCGUUCAAAAAAUUUACUUUUAAAUUUUGAUGAAUUUCUUUCAAAUAUAUUUUCUCCACUUUUUGAAGUUACAAAUGACCCUAAAACACAUCCAGAAUUACACAGAUUUUUACAGCAUGUUUCUGGAUUGGACUCUGUAGACGAUGAAUCUAAACAUGAACACGUUCCUUUUACUAAAGAUUGUCCUGAACCUGUGGAUUAUACGAGUGAUGAGAACCCAUCAUAUUCUUACUACCUUUUCUACAUGUAUAUGAAUUUGGCAUCACUAAACGCUUUUCGACAAUUGAGAGGAUUAAAUACAUUCGCAUUACGACCUCAUUGUGGUGAAGCUGGGCAUGUUAAUCAUUUAAGUGUAACUUAUUUAACUUCUGAAAGUAUUGCACAUGGUCUUUUACUUCGAAAAGUUCCAGUUUUACAAUAUUUGUUUUAUUUGGCACAAAUUGGCAUGGCAAUGUCCCCCUUAUCAAACAAUCACCUUUUCUUAACUUAUCAUCGUAAUCCAAUGCCCGAUUUUCUUAUGAAAGGUUUAAAUGUUUCUUUAUCGACUGAUGACCCUUUACAAUUUCAUAUUACAAAGGAAGCUUUAAUGGAAGAAUAUUCUAUUGCUGCACAAGUUUGGAAAUUAAGUUCUUCGGAUAUGUGUGAACUUGCGAGGAAUAGUGUUCUUCAAUCAGGAUUUGAGGAUCGUAUAAAACUUUAUUGGUUAGGUCCAAAUUAUCGAGAAGAAGGUGUUUUGGGCAAUGAUGUUGCUAGAACUAAUGUACCUGAUAUUCGGGUCUCUUUUCGUCAUGAAUCACUUGUCAACGAAUUAUGCAAUUUAUUUAAAGCACUCUCAUUUUAA